AUGAAGAAGGUCCAGUCGGCGCAUCGCGAGAAAAUGUCGGAGAAGAAAGAGGCGGACCGUGGCUUGUUCCUGAUCCUGACAGGCGAUGGUAAGGGCAAGUCGAGCUCUGCUUUUGGAUCAAUCAUCCGUGCGCUCGGAUGGGGGCAUAGCGUCGGGGUUGUGCAAUAUGUGAAGGGCAAUUGGAAAACGGGAGAACGCCAGUUUUUUCAGAAAUAUCCUGACCUCGUCACCUGGCACACAAUGGGUCAGGGCUUUACCUGGGAUACCCAGGACAGGGAAAAAGACAUUGAAGCGGCACGGGCGGCCUGGGGUGUAUCCGCGAAAAUGUUGGCGUCCGGCGAGUAUGACCUGGUGGUUCUCGAUGAGCUGAACAUUGUCCUGCGAUACGACUACCUGCCGGUAGACGAAGUCCUCGCGGGUCUCAUGAACCGCCAUCCGCGCACAAGCGUUAUGGUGACCGGACGGGAUGCCAAAGAAGAGCUUCGCGUUGAAGCCGAUCUCAUUACGGAGAUGACACCGAUUAAGCACCCAUUCGAAUCUGGGAUUAAAGCAAAGCGGGGCAUCGACUACUAA